AUGCACAUGGGCAGUGGCGAAUGCACACCGGCUGUCAUGGACCUGUCCUCCUGGACUGACUACAGCCCCCCCCCAUACCUGACUCAGUCUUCCAUGAAGCUGUUUUCAUCAGUGAAGAAGGUCUCAUCCUGGGCUUUGCAGGGGAACAUCAGUCAGAUCUGGGCAGUUGGUGGUGGACGUUGUCAGAGUGUCCAGACAGUCAUGGAGGGGCAUGCGUACGAGUCGGAGUCCGGGAGCCCGAGCACCGGCUUCCUUCCCUCCCCUGCCCUGCGCUCCCGCCUGGGGUCUCGGGCGGGGGCGGAGGGCAGGGACAGCGGAGGAGGUGAAAGCGGAGUGAGGGACGCGCCGGGCUCUGACGUCUGCACGCUGCCGGCGUCUGCACUCUGCCAGCGGGCUGCACUCCGGCCCCCGCGAAGGCGAGCUGGGCGGUGGCGAGAGCUAGGUGCAGCUGGCAGCAUCCUGGAGUCCGGGCGCGCUCCCCUCUCCCGCCCCCUCCCUCCCGGCUCCGACUCCUCCGAGCCUCCGUUCCUCCCGCUCCUACUUAUCCUCGCCUGGGCCCAGCAAGGUGAUGGAUGUGGACACACUGUACUAGGCCCUGAACAUAGAACUUUUGGAUCCAUAAACUAUCCGCAGACCCGUCCCAACAGCGCCAUUUGCAAAUGGGAGAUCCGUGUCAAGAUGGGAGAAUGAAUUCGCAUCAAAUUGGGCGACGAUGACAUUCAAGAUACUGAUUCUUGUCACUUUAGUUACUUGAAAAUGUGUAAUGGAAUUGGACCCGGCAGAACAGAAAUAGAUUGUCAAGGUAAAUACUGUGGUCUGGGGUUAAAAGUGAACCAUUCAAUUGAAUCAAAAAGCAAUGAAAUUACAGUGAUGUUCAUGAGUGGAGACUACCAUUACUCUGGACGAGGAUUUUUUGAUGCAUACUCAGUUAUAAAUAAACAAGAUCUAAUUACUUGUUUGGAUACUGUAUCCAACUUUUUGGAACCUGAGUUCAGUAAGUACUGCCCACCUGGUUGUCUCCUUCCUUUUGCUGAGAUAUCUGGAACAAUUCCUCAUGGAUACAGAGAUUCCUCACCAUUAUCUGUGGCUGGUAUACAUGCAGGAGUAGUGUCGGAUGUGUUGGGUGGCCAAAUCAGUGCUGUAAUUAGUAAAGGCAUCCCAUACUAUGAAAGUUCUUUGGCCAACAAUGUCACAUCUGUGGUGUUACACUUAUCUGCAAGUCUUUUUACAUUUAAGAUAAGUGGUUGUUUUGGAACACUGGGAAUGGAAUCUGGCGUGAUUGCUGACCCUCAGAUAACAGCAUCAUCAGUACUGGAGUGGACUGACCACACAGGGCAGAAGAACAGUUGGAAACCUGAAAAGUUCAGACUGAAAAAACCUGGACCUCCUUGGGCUUCAUGGGCCACUGAUAAAAAUCAGUGGUUACAAAUAGAUCUGAAUAAGGAAAAGAAGAUAACAGGCAUUAUCACCACUGGAUCCACCAUGGUAGAGCACAAUUAUUAUGUAUCUGCUUACAGAAUUCAGUACAGUGAUGAUGGGUGGAAUUGGACUGCGUACAGUGAGAGGAGGACAGAGCCAUACAAGAUAUUUCAAGGAAACAAAGAUUACCACCAGGAUGUGCAUAAUAACUUUUUGCCACCUAUUAUUGCACGUUUUAUUAGAGUGAUCCCUAUGCAAUGGCAGCAGAAAAUUGCCAUGCAAGUGGAACUGCUCAGAUGUCAGUUUAUUCCUAAAGGUCAUCCUCCAAAACAACCUCCACCUCCUUGGAAGAACAAUGACCUCAAAAUCACCGCAGCCCCUCCCAAAGUAGCCAGAGGUCAUGCCCCAAAAUUUAUUCAGCCAUUACAACCCCGCAGUAGUAAUGAAUUUCCUGCAAAGACAGACCAAACAACUGUCACUCCUGAUAUUAAAAACACGACCAUACCUCCAAAUGUAACCAAUGAUGUAGCAUUGGCUGCUGUUCUUGUCCCUGUGCUGGUCAUGGUCCUCACUACUCUUAUCCUAAUAUUAGUAUGUGCUUGGCAUUGGAGAAACAGAAAGAAGAAAACUGAAGGCACCUAUGACUUACCUACCUGGGACCGGACAGGUUGGUGGAAAGGAAUGAAGCAGUUUCUCCCUGCCGAAUCAGUGGAAUGUGAGGAAACCCCAGUUCGCUACAGCAGUAGUGAAGUUAAUCAUUUAAAUCUGAGAGAAGUCACCACAGUGCUACAAACUGACUCUGCAGAGUAUGCACAACCGCCUGUGGGAGGAAUUGUGGGUACACUUCAUCAGAGAUCUACCUUUAAACCAGAAGAAAGAAAAGAAGCAGGCUAUGCAGACCUAGAUCUUUACAACUCUCCAGUGCAGGAAGUUUAUCAGCUCCCAACCACUGGGCCUGAAUAUGCAACCCCAAUUGUCAUGGGCAUGUCAGGACACCCCACAGCCUCAGUUGGUCUGCCCUCUACAUCCACUUUCAAAGCUACAGGGAACCAGCCUCCCCCUGUAGUGGGAACUUACAAUACACUUCUCUCCAGGACUGACAGCUGCUCCUCAGCCCAGGGCCAGUAUGAUACCCCUGAAGGUGGGAAGCCAGCUGCCCCAGAAGAAUUGGUGUACCAGGUGCCACAGAGCACACAGGAAGUAUCAGAAGCAAGAGGGGAUGGGGAGUGUGAGGUUUUUAAAAGAAAUCCUUUGAGGAUGAUGCUGCUUUUUACAAAGCAUCAAUGUUACAAAUCUGACAUGUCCCCAUAA